CAUUUUUCUUUCUAUACCUUGUUAAUUGUCUUAAUAUCAACAUCUCAGGUUGUUCAUCAAACACGAAUAUUUGAAUUCUUACUAUAAUUCCAAUAAGAACACAUAAUGGUUCUCCAAAAAUCAUCAUCAUCAAUGGUGUUUAAAGUGAGGAGGAACCCAGCGGAACUAGUGGCACCUGCUGGACCCACCCCCAAUGAACUUAAGCUUCUCUCCGACAUUGAUGACCAACAAGGUCUACGCAUCCACUAUUCAGUGGUUCAGUUGUUUCCUUAUCAAUCUUCAAUGGCAGGGAAAGACCCUGUCCAUGUCAUCAGGGAAGCGUUGUCCAAAGCACUUGUGUUCUAUUAUCCACUUGCCGGAAGGCUUAGGGAAGGUCAUAGUGGCAAACUUGUGGUGGAUUGCACUGGCGAAGGUGUACUGUUCAUUGAAGCUGAUGCAGACGUUACACUUGACUAUUUUGGUGUUGACCCUCUGCCUCCAUUUCCUUGCUUUGAUGAGCUCCUCUUCGAUGUUCCAUUUUCUGAUGAUGGAAUGAUUAACUCUCCUCUGCUGCUUAUUCAGGUAACACGUCUCAAAUGCGGUGGUUUCAUCUUUGCUAUACGUGUUAACCACACACUGUGUGAUGGAUGUGGAAUUGGUCAAUUCAUAAAGGCCAUCGCAGAAAUCGCCCAAGGUGCAUCAAACCCUUCAAUUCCCCCAGUUUGGUGUAGGGAGCUUCUUUGUGCCAGAGACCCACCAAGAGUCACAUUCAUCCACCAUGAAUACAAACAAGUACCGCUUGAUAAUGAUGAUAAAACUGUCUUCUUAAAACCCUCCCAAGCUUCCUUCUUCUUUGGUCCCAAAGAGAUUGAUGCAUUGCGCUGCCUCCUCCCUCGUCACCUUGCUCAAUCGUCAACUACAUUCGAUAUCCUCACUGCAUGCCUGUGGCGUUGUCGUACAGUUGCACUACAAUGGAACCCUAAUAAGAAGGUUCGCUUGAUGUACGCUAUCAACGCGCGUUUUGAAAAUUGCAGGUUUAAUCGUCCACUUCCUCAAGGUUAUUAUGGGAACGCUUUUGUGUUUCCUGCAGCAGUUUGCAGUGUUGGGAUGCUAUGCCAGCGGCCCUUGAGCUAUGCGUUGGAGUUGGUGAAGGAGUCAAAGAAAAAAGCAACAGAGGAAUAUGUGCACUCUGUUGCGGAUCUAAUGGCCAUUAAAGGAAGACCUGACGUUAUUUUAGAAGGGUCUUUGUUAGUGUCAGAUAUCACAAAAUGUGGAUUUAGAGAUGUGGAUUUCGGAUGGGGUAAGCCUUUGUAUUCCGGGCUAGCCGACACUGGUGGUCCAGAAGACAUUCCCGGUGUCAGCUACUUUGUUCCAUAUACUAACUCUAAAGGAGAACAUGGUAGGGUGCUUUUAAUUUGCCUCCCAGAAGAAGCCAUCAAAAGGUUUGAGCAAGAGCUUAAUGGAAUACUUCAGAGUUCAGAUCAAGGAUACUAAAUGAAAAUGUGACAAGAGAAGCACUAAGUGACAGUAGGUUUUAUAAUUUAUAGCUAAUAAUUAGUUAUUAUUAGUGUUUUUAACAACAUGAAAUUACAUCUAAUAUAAUUUUUUUUUUGUUAAUUAAGUGUUAGCUAAAUUUUA